GACAGCUCUGCGAAGCACACGCGCUUCCACGGCCACGCCACGUGCCGUGCGCGCGCCAGCAUUUACGGCUUAGUUUGCGUGUGUGUUUUAACACUUCACUCGUGUUCGGGGAAACCGCUUCGCUUGUGUGUGUGUGUCGUGUGCGGACGUCACGGAGAGCACCGUAUCCAGAUGGCCGCGGCGCUGACAAAUCUCCACAAAUCCCACGUCUCAGCCUGAGGCUGGUGAAUAACGAGGCGCCCCCACGCCGCGAAGAUACCCGUCUUGGCCACGAACCGCGAGCGGCGUCACCCUCGACACCCACCCGCCUCCCCCCUCCACACACAUCAUCACCGUCUUAACUUCUUCACUUCGCCGUCCAGUCGCGAGGCUCUGCGCACCUGCCCAAGGAGGAGAUGAACCUCAGCCUGCACGUGGUGUCCGACUACAAGCUCGCGCCCGCCGUCCCCGCGGCGGCCCCGCGCGGCGCGGAGCUCGGGGACGUGGUGGAGCUCGUGCCCGCGAAGGACCCCAGCAGCAGCAGCGCCGCGAGCUCGGCGGACGCGCAGCCGGCGGAGCCGCAGAGGGAGACGUGGAGCAAGAAGAUGGACUUCCUGCUGUCCGUCGUCGGAUUCGCCGUGGACCUGGCCAACGUGUGGAGGUUCCCGUACCUGUGCUACAAAAACGGAGGAGGUGCCUUCUUAAUACCCUACACACUGUUCUUAUUCAUUGCUGGGAUACCUCUAUUCUACAUGGAGCUGGCGGUGGGCCAGUACCACAGAGAGGGGGCUGCCACUGUCUGGAAGAUCUGUCCUGUGUUUAAAGGUGUGGGCUACACGGUCAUCGCUAUAGCGCUGUACGUAGGCUUCUACUACAAUGUCAUCAUCGCUUGGGCUCUCUACUACCUGUUCUCCUCAUUCACAAACGAGCUGCCCUGGCUCAAAUGUGGCAACAGCUGGAACAGCCCCAGAUGCACUGACCCCCAGCUCCUGAACGGCUCCGUCCUCGGGAACGAGACGUUCUACUCAAAGUACAAGAUCACGCCGGCUGCUGAGUUCUACGAGCGCGGAGUGUUGCACCUCCACGAGAGCAAAGGGAUCCAAGACUUGGGUCCUCCACGCUGGCAGCUCACGCUGUGCUUGGCCCUCGUCAUAUUCGUCCUCUACUUCAGCCUGUGGAAAGGGGUCAAGUCUUCGGGCAAGGUGGUGUAUAUCACAGCCACGCUUCCCUACGUGGUGCUGUUGGUGCUCCUCAUUCGGGGCGUCACUCUGCCUGGAGCCAUGGAUGGCAUCAGGGCCUACCUCUACAUUGACCUCAAGCAGCUCGGAAAUCCCACGGUCUGGAUCGAUGCAGCAACUCAGAUAUUCUACUCCCUGGGAGCCGGAUUUGGUGUUCUGAUUGCGUUUGCCAGCUAUAAUAAAUUUGACAACAACUGCUACAGGGAUGCCCUCUUGACCAGUGUGGUCAACUGUGUCACGAGCUUCUUCUCAGGUUUUGCCAUCUUCUCUGUGCUCGGCUACCUGGCUUUCAAACACGGGGCCAAGAUUGAGGACGUGGCCACUGAAGGGCCAGGACUGGUGUUUAUCAUCUACCCAGAGGCUAUCGCCACCCUUCCAGGCUCAACCCUUUGGGCCAUAAUCUUCUUCAUAAUGCUCUUGACACUUGGCAUCGACAGCUCUAUGGGAGGUAUGGAAGCAGUCAUCACGGGCCUUUCAGAUGACUUCAAGGUCCUUAAGAGGAAUAGGAAGAUGUUCACAACGGUGGUUGCAUUUGGAACCUUCCUAAUGGCUUUGCUUUGUGUUACAAAUGGUGGAAUUUAUGUUCUUACCCUGCUGGACACCUAUGCUGCUGGAACAUCUAUUCUUUUUGGGGUGCUAAUUGAGGCCAUUGGGGUGUCCUGGUUUUAUGGUGUAGACAGAUUCAGUGAGGACAUUGAGCGCAUGAUGGGCUUCAAGCCUGGACUAUACUGGAGGCUCUGCUGGAAGUUUGUCAGUCCUGCCUUCCUAUUGUUUGUUGUGAUCACCAGUAUUGUGACAUCCGGUGGCCUCAGAUAUGAUGACUAUGUCUUUCCUGGGUGGUCCAACGUGGUUGGCUGGGGGGUAGCGAUGUCCUCAAUGCUCUUUGUCCCAGGAUAUGCCAUCUACAAGUUUCUCACAGUGCCGGGAACUUUCAAAGAGAGGUUAGCUUACUGCAUCACACCGGAAAAAGAACAUCAUCUUGUUGCUGAAGGUAGUGUUCGAGGAUUCACGUUAAAGCACUGGUUGGCCAUCUGACUCCAGCAUCUUCCUGCUUCCAUCUGAAAUGUGUGGUGAUGCAGAGCGCUGGGAGAUCUCGGUCCCCAGAAAGGUUUUACAUCCAGGUGACCUUCAGCUAGGUGAAGGCUUUUGAGUUAUUAAAGAUAUUACAUAUCCGCUGUUCCAUUUAUAUUGAAUGGUAUGACUUCUGCUGCGUUCUUUGGGAACGUUCUCUGUUUCGCUUCUCACAAUGUGACGGCGCUUCUCAAAUUUUGUAUUACUCAAGACACUUCGGGAACUUUCCAGUGUAGCUAGGAGCUGCACGGCUGUUUGUUAACCUUACUUUUUUUGGAGCAUUAAUAGUUUUGUUGUUGA